AUCGAAUUGACAUUCUUUUUUAUUUUGUUAUGGGAUCUUUCAGAUUAUUUUGAAAACUAAUUCAUAAUGAUAUGUUGCUGAAAAAUCUCUAAAAUUCACAGUUUCGAAGAUCGAAUUUUUGUAGGGGGGUUUUAUUGACAUUGAUAGUUUGUGAUUGAUUGAUUAUUAGAAACACGUUUUCGUUUUUAUGUUUUCGGACCAGAAAAAAAUAAUCAUAUUUUUAGGUAUUUAAAUGUACAUAAUGCAAACAUUCUGCGAUCUGGUACUAUGCUUUGCAAAAAAAAUUAUGAAAUUCCCAUCCGUUUUCCGAAAAAUUUAUUAAUUUAGUUAUCCAGAAAAUAUCAAAUCAUUGUACAUUUUGCUGAAUUAAAAUGUCAGAAAACAAUUCAAUUCGUCGUUCCUAUAAUAGGGCUGCUAAAAGAAGAGAUGCUAUUGAAAACCAUGUUGGCGAAGAAAAAAAAAUUCGCAGCUGUGAAAAAACCGGAUGUUAUGCUUCUGAACCUACGUGUUGCUUAUUAUCUUGUGAAUCAUGUACUAAAGAUGGCUAUACUUCUAGGUGGUAUCAUAUGUCUCUUGGAGAACAUUUUUGUAACAACUGUUUUUGUAAUUUUUACAUUUCUGGUAAAACAGGAAAUCUACUUUUUAACCAGUGGAUUAAUAAGUGGGCAGAAGUUGCCCGUGCUAGUAAACCAACUAUCAAAAGAUUUGUUGCCAAUGAACUUUUACCUUAUUGGGUAAAAUGUACUCGACGGCAGUGUGGUAAGUGGAGAAUGGUUCGUGUAGAUCACGUUUUAGAUCCGAAAUUCAUCAAGAGUUUUAAGUGUCCAGAAGAUUCAAAACACAAAUCACCAUGUGAUGCCCCUGAAGACAAAGAUGUUUCUCUAGUUUUGGAUACAUCAUUUAUGAAUCAACUUAUAGAAGAACCUCAUCUUCAAAAUUCACCUGCUGGACCUUUUUUAAAACGUUUUCUAUCAGAAGAUAUUGGCCUUUGUCCAAUUAAUAAUUCUGUUUCUGCCUUGAAGGAACAUGAAUAUGUUAAACCAUUUUUGAUGGAACAGUGUGGCGAGUCAUGUAUUUGGAUUAAACCAGAUGAGAUGGAUGAAGACGAAAUUGCAUUUUCAAAUCAAGUACUUGUAUCCCCUGCUACUUAUUUAGGAUUACGUAACUUCCUUGUUGCAUUAUGGAAUUUGAAACCCAAUGAAUGGCUUUCAUUUCAGAAGGCCAAUGAGUACUUAAUAUGCAGAGGAUUGGUCAGAAUUUAUCUUGUUUCUGUAGCUGAACAAAUCUUGGAUCUACUUACAAAAAAAUCUGUUAUUAAUCAUGGAAUCAUCAAUAACCCAUCUCAGAAACUUCUAAAGAAGAAUCCAGAACCUGAAGUACUUGUGAUUGGGGCAGGUAUUUCUGGAUUGGCUGCUGCUAGUCAUCUUCAUAAUUUAGGUGUCAAUGUUGCUGUAUAUGAAGCAGAAGGUGAUCUAGGUGGUCGUAUAAAAGAUGUGCCUGUUUUAGGGGCUGGAGCUUUUUUUAUUCAUGGUUUAUUGAAUAAUCCAUUGACUACAUUUGGUCUACAAGUUAAUGUGCCAUAUCAAAAUCUAAAGAAAAAUUUAGUGAUAUUUAAAGAAAAUGGAAGUCUCAUUUCUAAUGAUAUUAUUAAAAAGACGCAACAUGAGCUCAAUAAUUUAUUACAAGGGGUCAUUGAAUCAGUAUCUGUUAGUAAAACUGAUGAUAACUGUUUUGAUAUGGUUACAAAAAGCUGUGAAGAUCUCAGGAAAGUGACUCCAUUUUGUAAAAAUGCGGAUAUUUUUAGCCAUUUACUUACUCAUUGCGAAAUUGACUUUAAAGCUCAUCUUAAGAACAUGUCAAUUUUGAAUUGGGAAUUCCCUGUGUGUUCACUUGGUGAUGAUGGCUUUAUACCAUCAGGGAUGAGGUUAUUUCUGAUUAAGUUAGCAUCAAAAGAUUACAGUAUUGUUUACAACAAUGAAGUGAAAGUGAUUGAUUAUAUUGGAGAUAAAGUAAAAGUUACAACUACAAAUGGGGAAUCAAUUUUUUCAAAAGUUCUUAUUACUGUGCCACUUUCUGUUUUACAGAAUGAUUGUAUUCAAUUUAUUCCUGAAUUACCUGAUUAUAAAAAGAAGGCCAUCUGUGAUUUAGGUACUUAUAACUGUGAAAAAUUAAUUUUAGAAUUUCCAAGAAAAUUUUGGACUAAAAAUGUUAAUGAACCAUUCUCUAGAUUUGGCAUUUUAUCAUCAGAGGCAAUUUUCGAGGUAUUUUAUGAUGUGACUGAUGAAAAGCCUGGUUCUAAACCAACAUUGGUAACUUUUAUUACAGAAAAGGCAUUUGACUUAAUAAAAGAUCUAGAAGAUAAAGAAAUUUUUGACAAAUGUCUAGCUCUUUUAAAACGUACCUUUCGUCGAAAUAUCCCACAACCUUCAAAUUGGCAUUUAACACACUGGAGAAAAAAAGUGCAAUAUGGUUCUUUUGGGAGUUAUUUAAAAGUUGGAAGUCAGCAAACAGCCUAUGAUGAUAUGGCUAAAAGUGUUGAUGAUAAAUUGUAUUUUGCUGGCGAAGCAACAUUUAGAAAUUUGCCAAGUACUGUAACAGGAGCUUAUUUAAGUGGUUUAAGAGAAGCAGCUAAAAUCGUUAAAGCACUAGAUAUUUAAAGUUAUUUUUCAUUUCAUUAUUGAAAAUACUUUUGUUACUUUAUUAAAUGAUUAUACAUAUUAUUUGUAUUUGUUUUGAAGUAUUAUGAAUAAUUUUUUCGAAAUAGGA